UAUGAAACUAGACUGACUGUCUUGACAGACUUCAUCUGUCAAAAUUAAAAAAAAAAACAAUUGAACAAAAACAAACGAAACGUGUACUUUUGUUUUAUAAAAAGUUUAUCUUUUGUUUUAUUGAAAUGGCGACUCGAUCAUUAACAGAUUUAUUUUUGAUGAUGAGAAAUAAUGCAAUACAAAGUCGAUUAAUUUAUCAAGAACAGAAUCUCCUAUCACAAAACGAAAAUAUCCCAUCGAAUGUCACAAUAUUCCCACCGAAUUGGGCACAUGAAUUAGAACAUGCCCAAUUUCAAUUACAAAAUUUACGUAAAAAAACUGACACAUUAAAAGAAUUACACAAAAAGAAUUUAUAUCGUCCAUCAUUAGACGACACCACAUCCGAAGAACAACAAAUUGAGGAACUAACACGUGAAAUAACAUUAAUAUUGGGCUCGAUACACAAGGUCAUCCAAUGUAUUCGAAAUCAACAACAAAAUGGAAGUAUUAAGGAACAAAGACUGAAACAAAAUAUUGUACGAACGUUAGCGCUAAAGUUACAAGAACAUACAACAGAAUUUCGUGGCUUGCAAAAUUCUUAUCUAGAACAAAUAAAAUCUCGAGAACAACGUUUAAAUUUCUUUGAUGUGACUAAUUUUAAAGAUAUGCCAGUUAAAGUGAUGAAUGAUAACGAAUCCAAUGAUAUUGAUAAAAAUUUUAUGAUGAAUACUCAACGAUUGACAAAUGAUGAUAAGAAAAAUAGUAAUUCUGAUAAAAAAUUUGUGCCUACUUCAUUAUUUGGUAUUAAAACGGAAAAUGUUUUGUCACAAUCGUUAACCGAUAAA